AUGGAGUUUUUGGACGACAAGGCUGUUGUUUCGUCUGACGAAGAAAUGUCAGAUGUUGAUAAUGCUGAUGAGCUUGAUAGUCCUCGUAAGAAAAAGUCAUCUCGCAAACCAAAGGCAGAUACUUUUGAGGAAGAUGACGACGACGACGAUGAUGAUGAGGAAGAAGAUGACAACCAGGUUGUUGAGGGGCUGAUCGAUGACAACCCCAUCGAUGAAUCUGACGGAGAAGAGAGUGUCAUCGGGGCGUUGAAGAGGAAGCACGAGAGUGAAUCAGAAGAUGACGACAAUCUCGAUGACGAUGAUUAUGAUCUCAUCGAAGAAAAUUUGGGCACAACUAUUAAAAGGAAACACCAGAGGAGGAGAAUUGAGAACGAUGAGGACGAAGACGACGAAGAGGAAAUAAAUCAUGGUGAUAAGAAAAAGGAACUGGAGGAGAGGUUGUUUGAUGCUGAUGGGGGAGGGGUGGAAGGUUCACCUGUCAGGCGUGAUGUUGCUGAUGAUGCUGUCAUUGCUGAAUCCGAUGACGAAUAUGAGGAUGAAGAUGAUGGCUUUAUCGUGUAUGAUGAUGAACAGCAGCAGAGAGAUGUGAAGAAGAGGAGGACUCACGAUGAUGCAGCCAUCCAGGAAGCCUAUGAUGUGUUUGGUGCCGAGUUUGACUUUACAGACCUUGACCAUGCAGAGGAUGAUGAAGAAGAGGAAGAAGAUGCAGAUUAUGAAGCCGAAGACGGUGAUGAACCAGAAAUUAGGCCAACUAAGUCAACCAAAAAAAAGAAGGCUUCUUUGAAACAGAUUUAUGAGCCAGGCGAACUUGAACGAGCCCACCUGACAGAUUAUGACCAGGAAAUAAGAACGAUGGAUAUGCCUGAAAGGUUCCAGCUGAGGAGCAUUGCAGUGUGUCCGACAGAGGAGGGAGAGUUGGACGAGGAGGCUGAAUGGAUCAACAAGAACGCAUUCAACACACCACCACUCUCAAAGCAGGAUUAUUACGACGUAGACGUUGGUUAUUCGGGCAUGCAUCGCAAGGGGCCAUCCACUGUCAACAAGAUAAGAGAGGCUCUCAAUCUAAUGCGCAACCAAAAGUUCGAGGUGCCAUUCAUAGCCUUCUACAGAAAGGAAUAUAUAGACCCGGAGUUGAACAUCACAGAUCUAUGGAAGGUCUUUCAUUGGGAUGAAAAGUGGAUGCAACUGAAGGAGAGGAAGCAGAAUCUGUUGCACUUGUUUGAACAGUUGCAACAAUUCCAGUUCGAAGAAGCAUCUUUGGACAAGCCACUGGAUGCUUCCUUCAGGAGAUUGACAGAGGACGACAUUGAGAGAGUGAAGGCAGUCCAGACCAUGGAACAGUUGAAUGACAUCCACCAGCACUUCAAUCUUUAUUAUGCAAAUGAUGUAACUAGGAUGAAAAUGGCGAAAAAGAUUAAGAGAAAGCUUGCAGAAGAUGGAGGUGAAGAUGGAAGUGCAGCUCAUGACGAAGAAGCCAGUGUUUUGAAACAAGCUCCUAAGAGAUCGGCCUACAAUAUCUGUGUCGAUGCAGGACUAUGUGAGAUGGCUCGAAGAUUUGGUUUAACGCCAGAGCAGUUUGGUGAAAAUAUCAACGAUAACUACAUGAGACACGAAGUGGAGCAAGAUCCAGGUGACCCAAAUGAGCUUGCUGAAGAGUUUAUUAAAGGGCAGUUCUGCUCUAGAGAUCACGUCUUGGCAGGGUCCCGCCAUAUAGUCUCCAUGCAGAUUGCUUACGACCCGCUGGUCAGGUCUUGCGUCAGGCAGGUGUUUCAGGAGAGGUGCAAGAUGAACGUCAGACCCACCAGCAAAGGAUUUUCUGAGAUAGAUGAGAGCCACCAGUGCUACAGCUUCAAAUACCUUCGCUCUAAACCUAUAAGAGAUCUCCAGGAGGAUCAGUACUUGAAGAUUCAUCAGGCAGAAGAAGAUGGAUUGCUGAAAGUUGAUUUUUUUCUCGAUGAUAAGGAUAAUGUGCGAUAUACGUACUAUGAAGAAAUAAAACAGCUCUUCAUAAGGGAUGAGUACAGUCACGUUGUUCAAGAGUGGAACAAGCAGCGAACCCUGGCAGUCGAGAGGGCACUGAAUGUCAUCCUCUACCCAAUCCUCAUCAAGCAAGUCAAGAUGAAGUUGUUGGAAGAGGCAAAGGAGCACGUGAUGAGGGUGUGCUGUCGCAAGUUGUACUCCUGCUUGAAGGUCGCUCCCUACCAAGUCGACCAGCCCUUGGACGAGGAGGAUGAGGAUUAUGAUACAUCUAACGGCCUGCGGAUCAUGGGGGUCUCCUUUUCUGAUGACAAAAGCGAGGCAUCUUACUGCGCCAUAAUUGAUGGCAGUGGCGAAGUUACUGAUUACUUGAAGCUGCCUUACCUUGCAACACGCAGAAACAGUUGGAUCAAGGAUGAGAGGGUUGCAAAGGAAAAAGAACUGGUUCGCUUGAAAGAUUUGAUUUUAUCUAAGAAGCCUCACGUGAUAGCAGUUGGUGCCGAGUCGAGAGAUGUCCUCACCGUCAUCGAUGAUUUGAAGAACAUCGUGUCAGAGUUGGAGCAGGAACAACAAAUUGCUCCCAUCAGCAUCGAGUUGAUUGAUAACGAGCUUGCAAGAGUAUAUGCUGCUUCUAAGAAAGCUGAUCGCUUGGUGUCAAUGCUGAUAGUUGUCAGGUCAUUUAAAAGUGACCAAGAGGGUAGCAUCAGUCAGAUGGUACUUAAUACGGUUCAAUCGUUCUUCUCGCUUCAAAUCUUCUGGCAUAUAUACAAUACGUUCACUGGUUCAGCGAUUAAUAAAUAUGCACUUACAUACAUCCUCACAUGUGAACAAAGAAAGUUGAAAGUGUGA